AUGUCGAUGCGAAUCACCCCCGCCAGCGCCCCCGCAACAAGCUUCACCCACACCACCAAAUCCACCUCCGCCCCCUCAGCCCCCGGCCUCCACGACACCCUCCGCGCGGGCGUCGGCCCCUCCAGCGCUCCCACUUCCACCGACGCCCCGGCCCCCGUCGACUCGGCCCACCCCCUCGAAGCGCGCCUCAAGAACUGGGACGCCACGCAGGAGGCUCUCCGCAUGGAGACGCUGCGUCGGAUGUUCGGCAUGGCGGAGCCCAUCCGCCAGGGCAUGGAGCUCAAGAUCGUCAGGGAUACGACGUGGAGGCCCGCCGUUUUGGGAGCUGCGGGACCGGGUGUGCAUGAGGAUAUUUUGAGGGGAAGGGAUGAGAGCGUUACUUGGGAGGAUGUGUUUACUGGGGAGGAGAGUAGGCCUGUUGCUGGGUUCCAUGAUGAGAUGGAGAAGAAGUUGAAGAUGUAA